GCCUCAGAGGCAGCGGCGGCUGAGGGGGAGAAGGAUGGUGGUGUUGUGGGAGACUCUCCGACGCUCUCCUCAGAGGCGGCGGUUGCUUCCCGCCUGAGGAAGGAGCCGCCGCUGCCGCCGUCGGCAACCGAGAGCCCGGGUCGGGCUGCGGAGGUGCCCGAGGCGGCGGCGGCGGCGACUCCUCCCGCGGAUCCCGUCUCUGAGAGCAGCCGCAGCAGCAGCAGCAGCAUCGAGGGGGGCGGCGGCGCGGCGAGCCCGGCGGGCGGCGAGGAGUCCGGGAGCCUGGCGGACUCGCUGGGCUCCUUCUCCAACCUGCAGUCGUCGUGCGGCGGCCCCAGCAGCUCCGACCUGCACAGCAGCGACGACUCGGAGGAGGCGCCCGCGAGAGCCCCCGUGGCCGACGCGGAGGACGGAGCCAGCCCGGGCGAGGCGUCGUCGUCGUCGGUGCCGCCGCUGCCUCCGGGCGCCAAGGAGCGCUUCCCGGGCCAGUCGGUCUACCACAUCAAGUGGGUGCGCUGGAAGGAGGAGAACACGCCCGUCAUCACCCAGAACGAGAACGGGCCCUGCCCGCUCCUCGCCAUCAUGAACGUGCUGCUCCUGGCCUGGAAGGUGAAACUGCCACCAAUGAUGGAAAUCAUAACUGCUGAGCAAUUGAUGGAAUACUUAGGAGACUAUAUCCUUGAUUCCAAACCAAAAGAAAUCACUGAAAUCCAGCGCUUAAACUAUGAGCAGAAUAUGAGUGAUGCCAUGGCAAUCUUGCAUAAGCUUCAGACGGGACUUGACGUGAAUGUGAAGUUCACUGGUGUACGAGUCUUUGAAUAUACCCCUGAAUGCAUUGUAUUCGAUCUUCUCGAUAUUCCGUUAUACCAUGGAUGGCUAGUAGACCCUCAGAUUGCUGACAUUGUGAAAGCAGUCGGUAACUGCAGCUACAAUCAGCUGGUGGAGAAAAUAAUUUGUUGUAAGCAGUCAGACAACAGUGAGCUAAUCGAUGAAGGUUCUGUAGCAGAGCAGUUUCUAAACAACACAGCCACUCAGUUGACUUACCAUGGAUUAUGUGAGUUAACUUCCACUGUUCAAGAAGGAGAAUUAUGUGUAUUCUUUAGAAACAACCACUUUAGCACCAUGACUAAACAUAAGGGUCAGCUUUACCUUCUGGUGACAGACCAGGGAUUCCUUACAGAAGAUAAAGUCGUUUGGGAAAGCCUACACAAUGUGGAUGGGGAUGGAAACUUCUGUGACUCUGAGUUCCACCUAAGACCUCCAUCUGAUCCAGAAACAGUAUACAGAGGACAACAAGAUCAGAUAGACCAGGACUACCUGAUGGCAUUGUCCUUGCAACAAGAACAGCAAAGCCAAGACAUCAAUUGGGAGCAGCUGCCAGAAGGAAUAAGUGACCUUGAGCUUGCCAAGAAACUUCAGGAAGAAGAGGACAGGCGGGCUUCUCAGUACUAUCAGGAGCAAGAGCAAGCUGCCGCCACCACCGCCACUGCUGCUCAGGUCCAGCAAGUGCAGGGAGCUGCCUCUCCGUCAACUGGAAGACAAUCAGGGGGCAGUGAACGGAAACGAAAAGAACCUCGGGAGAAGGAGAAGGAAAAGGAGCGUGAGAAAGAGAAGAACAGCUGCGCGCUGCUAUAGCGAGAGGGGGACUCUUCCUGGACCCAAGCACAUAUCCUUGAAACACAACCAAGGAAUCCUAAGGACUCCAAGCUCCACAUGCCACCUGUGCCUGAUAGCCCCACAGAGGAUGGCGCCCCCAAGACCAGUGGAGUCGUGCACACGCUACCUUUCUGAGGGAUUUGGAUAUAGCUAUAUGUGUUCCUGAAGCAUUGUGAGAAAGUGGUAUCUUUUGGAGGGGAGCCCACCUUGCUGCAGGUUGUGCGCUGUAGGAAUCGAAAUAACUCAGACUAUUUGUUAGCAAGCUACUUGUCUCAGAGAUGAAAGAGCUAAUUGGCUGUCCUCUUGGGCUUCUGCCCAAGGCCUGUGCAUCAGUUGCCAAAAGAGAACCAUUUAUGGUGUGGAAGCAACCUAUCUGGACAUCUCUCACUCCAGUGCUCCCCAGUUCUCUUGGCUUGUGGUCUGUUGUCCCCUGAGCGGUCUUCAACCUGGGUUGGUGCAAAAUACUGAUUAACAUUACUCGACAUUGGGCAUCACGAAAGGACAAAACCAUGUUGAAGAGAAGCCAGAGAAACUGAGACUCCUACUCUCACCGUAUCAGGGUUAGGAGCACCACUCUACCUGGCCUUUUCGGUUUUAAUGGCAUGUCAUGCAGAGGAAUGAGACCAGAGCUGUUCUGUUAUUUAUUUGACCUCUCUACACAAAAGUAGGUGACUGGAAGGGAAAGCUGAUGUGUUAGUCUGUGGAAUUAAAAUUUCUGGAUACUUGCCUCCCCCGAAGUACCUUGGACGAGUAAUAUGAAAUGUGUUUGCUUGUAUGCCUUAUCAAGUGUACUGUAGGUAGAUAAUCUGUACCAUCUCCAUGCAGAUUUAAAGCAUACUUCCGCAGAGUGUAAAAAUGGUUCCACUACACUCUGGGACUGUGAUUCGAACUGCAUUUGUGAGUGAAUCCCUUGGACUUUGGUGGGACUUAGCUCACUUGCAUAGUUAAGAUUUGGAGGGAGAGGGUUAUGAUUAAUUGGUUGGGGGAGGGGAACACAUGGCUGUAAACACUUAUAAUAAAACUUUGUGGAACCAGAUUUUAUAAUGGACGCACUACAAAUGAACAUGUUACAUCUCAUAAUAUUUAUAGGCUUCUGAUAAGUAUUGAAUUUUACUGUUGUAGGGAUGGGGUAGAACUCACAAGUCGUCCUCACCAGAGGAGCAAUGGCCUUCAUUCUUUUGAUAACUUUAUAUAUCAAUUUGUAGAUGCUUCUGACAAAAUUUGCUGUAUUUCAUAAAGCCUGGUCAUGUGCAUUUAUAGACAAACCUCAACCCCUACGAAACAGUCGGUGUGUGACAAUCCUGCUCCUGGGGAAAGUGGUGAUCUACCACUUGAGGGUUGAACAUCUUUUUGUUGAAGCGAACUGCUCCUUUGGGAGUGUAGUCUAGUUAAAUGAAGCAACCAAUUUCAAAUAUCUCCUGUCUUUCAACUCCUUGAUACCUUAAGUCUGAGGGGCAAAAAAUAGGGGGAAACCAGACCCCAAAGCUAAUUCUUGGCAAAGUCAUUUCCAUGACGGGUGUAUGUGCGUGUGUAGGUGUAGCUGCUCCCUUUAAGUUAAGACCAAAAUAUUUGCCUUCACCCAUUAGCCUGAACUGUAAACAUUUCUGCUCAAUUUACAAACGGGAAACAAAUUUGAUUUUAUUCAGAACUGAGUUUACUUUGUAUCAUGUUAACUAUAUCUUACACUUCUACAAAGUAUCUUAUUUCACAUAUGCACAUUACCCUUACCUAUGUUAGACCAUAGUGCCAUCUUAUUAUUGUUAACCUUAACACAUAAGCUAUCCAGGCUUUUUUUGUGUGCAAAAAUCACCAAGGUGUUUGUUUACAUUAACUGUGAGUUUGUACUGUUUCCUGUCUGUUACAUGCUAAAUUUAGAGAGCUACAUAAGACACAGUGAAAGAAACACCUGUUCAUUGUUUCCUCUAAGUCACACUAGCUCAGAGAUCGGCAAAGGAAGCAAGGCUUUAGCUCUAGUUCCCUUUGCUUGCUUGUGUCAUUUUAAGGCUAAAGCCCAUUUCUAGGGCUUUAGCAAGACACUAAUAUGUGCCUGGUGAUCUAGUGUCAGAAUGUUCCAGCAGAGAUAGAGAACUUUAUGUAAGGAGCAGUUUCUCAGGUACAGGAGUGACUUUCUCUGUCUUAAAGUUACUAUAAAAGAUGGCUAGCUCUGAGCUCAGGCGUUCUUUUAGGUUGACAAUCAGGUACUUGGCUACAGUGAGUUGGACCUCUUGUCCUACCAGCAUGACCUUCCCAUUUAAUAUUUGGCAGCCCUCUCUAAGAAGACACUUGUGGGGCGGUAGCCGUUUAGAAGCCUUGGGGAGAGAAGAAUCCUUGUAUCCUUUAACCAAAUAGCCUAGUAAUCCUUAGCUCAGCUCCGUUUGCUUGUAUUUAUGAGUACCUGGAGGGCAUAGUAACAGAGGAUGUACAAUGGCACUGGAGCUCACAGUUGUCUACCUCUUGCCAGGGUUUAGGACAUUGUGGGCUUUCUGAUUAUUUCUGCAGAAAUUGAACUCUUUUCAGCUCCAGUUCCUAGCCAUUUCCUUUGACACUUUUUAAUAUAACAAGCCAUGGUUUCCCACUUAGAAACCAUCACCUCUGUAAGAUUUAAGUAGAGGGAGAAAGAGAUAAGAGAAACCAAGGCAAAAGUCUUUGUUUACUAAAGCCCUUAUCAAAGUUCAAUAGUGUAGAACAGAAAAGAAAAAUAACAGCAGAGGGUCUCUUUUGUUGUGGCAAUGUAGUAAUGGUUGUAUACAAUGCUGAGAUUCAUCAGUCACAUUACCACUUGAGCACUGCCAAAUACUUUUAUAGUUUUAUAAAAAAAAAAGGCACUUAUGUGAAAGAUGUUGCUUUUUUUAAAAAAAUAAUCAUGCUAGUUGUCCUACAUUGCAUCUUUUAGCACUUAGAACUUGGUGGUCUCUUGCUGCCUUCCCAUAACAGCUUUUUUUUUGCCUUGAGUCUUAUCUGCUGCAUGUUAUGUGUGAGUGAAUGUUUUGCAACGAUUUGGGUGAGGCCAAUCACAUGGGUCCCUCCUAUACUACUAGAAGGGAGGGGUGCCAGUCAGUUGAGAAAUACCCACAUGAUCAGCCCUGCCCAUGAUUGCAGUAUUCAAGCACACAUAUCACAGCUGCACUGGAAAGAACCACUGAGCAGCAGCUUCACCUGGCUUGGUCAGUGUGUGACAGGAGCACCUGCCUCAUUCCAGUCUCUAGUGCUGGCCAGGAAGACACUUAGGGGCAAACUUCAGGCAGUACAGCAGCAUCUACUGGCUUCUGUUCUUCACCUGCUUUACAGAUUCCAAAUCAUGGAUCAGCCACAAGCUAGCUUUUAGUAAAUCAGAUCUUCUGCAUGGAUUUACACUGUGAUCAGCAACUUGCUCUGUUUUCUGUUGGAUCCUGUCAAUAUACUUCGAUGUCCUGAGCUGAGAACUGUUACCAUUCUUCUCAUAAACAGUCUUACUUAAGUGACUUCCUCAUGUAAUAAAAUCGAUUUAAUUUCUA